UGUCCUCACAGAAUGAGCAAAAGUUACAGAACGAAAACACGAAUGAUGUCAAUUUUGCACAUCACCCUCACCCUCACCCUCUUAUUCUCCUUACUCGCAAAUGCAGAAGCCGCUGAUGAAUUCUAUCGAGACAUAUCUCCAACAUCUCUGGGUCUCCACAAGGAAAAGCUCACCCACCUUCGCUUCUACUUGCACGACAUUCUGAGCGGCUCAAAGCCCACCGCGGUCAGGAUCGCCCAGGCCCAGUCCACCAACACUUCCUCCUCGCUUUUCGGGCUCCUCGUCAUGACCGACGACCCGUUGACCGUGGGGCCCGAGCCUGACUCCAAACUGGUGGGAAAGGCCCAAGGAAUGUAUGGGUUUUCAGACCAGAAGGAGAUUGGGCUUUCGGUAAUCUUCAACAUGGCUUUCACCGAGGAGAAAUACAAUGGCAGUACCAUCAGCUUGCUGGGGCGGAACAUGGUGCUCUCCGCCGUCAGGGAAAUACCGAUUGUCGGCGGCAGCGGAGCUUUCCGUUUCGCACGUGGCUAUGCCGAGGCCAGGUCUUACACUCUUGAUGGCCAGACAGGGGAUGCCGUUGUUGAGUACAACCUUUACGUCUUCCAUUAUUAGCUUCUGCAUCUUCAUAUCGCAUGCUUUUCCAAUUCCAUUCUUUUCUAGUAGUAUUUUAACA